AUGGAACGAAACAAACGUAAAAGAAUUGUCGUUCCUAUUGAAGAAAAAUUAAAAGCCAUUAGGAGAAUUAAAGCAGGAGAGACAAUUAAAAUUGUUGCACGAGAUUAUGGGGUAGGUGAGGUAACAGUUGGAGAUUGGAACAGAAACAGCAGUAAAAUAGAAGAAUGGUGUAAAAAACAAGCCUCUUCGUCUUCAAGAAGAAAAUCAAUGAAAAAAGGCGACUAUGAAAAAGUUAACGAAGCUUUAUUUACGUGGUUUACUCAGCAAAGAUCAAAAGGUGUGCCUCUUUCAGGUCCCAUUUUGCAGCAGAAAGCAAUAAUGAUUAGUAAACAAUUUCCUGAGACAGAUAGGUUUACCGGCAGUUCUGGAUGGCUUGACCGCUGGAAAAAACGGUACGGUGUACGACAACUGACUAUAUAUGGAGAAAAACUUUCUGCUGAUGUGUCACCAAUUGAAAAAUUUAAACAGGACUUUAAAAAGCUAAUCAAAGAUUGUGGGUAUACAUGUGAUCAAAUUUAUAACUGUGACGAAAGUGGUUUGAAUGAUAAAAUGGUUCCAUCAAAAACAUUGGCAUCUUGA